AUACCUAAAGAAAUUAAUUUUUUUGAAUGCAUUAUAUCAAUGUGGAUUAUAUCAAUGUGGACUUGGCGACGCAGCUAGGGGCGGUGGCGGAGAAUGACAAUGAGGUGAUUCAACGAAUUGAGGAGAUGGAGGUUAGAGAUCAAAGUGCAAAGAGGAUUAUGGUAAACUGUGAGGUUGAGGCCGGUGGGAAGGGAUUGAGGAGGACUGUAUCAGACCACUGCCCUAUAGUGUUAAAAAACGAGCAGGUCGACUGGGGUCCAAAGCCGUUCAGAUUUUUGGAUGCUUGGUUGGAACAACCGGGAUGCAAGGAGGUGAUUACGAGUGCAUGGUGUGACAACGAGGUGGAGGGUUGGAAUAGCUUUAAAAUUAAAGAAAAGAUGAAAAGAACAAAGAAGGCGCUAAAGGAGUGGAGUGGCAAAACCAACAGGGAGAUGGAUGAAAGAAUAAGGAAAGCAGAGUUAGUGAUCGCUUCAGUUGAUGAGAAAGGAGAGCAACACCAGUUGUCAGAUAAUGAUAUUGAACUGAGGAGGAACAGUUUUAUUGAAUUACGGAGCAAGAAUGGAGGAAAUAGUAUCCGGAUAAAUGGGGAGCAGCAUACAGGAGUGGAGGAAAUAAAGCGAGAGAUUGCUAAGUACUUCCAAGAUUUGUUUACAGAAGAAAAAUGGAGGAAACCAAAGCUAGAUGGAAUAUGCUUUAGGCAAAUCACAAAGACCGAUAACGAGCUCCUUACGGCUGCUUUUUCGAAACAAGAGAUUAAAGAAGCAAUAUGGAAUUGCGAUCCAUCCAAAUCACCAGGACCAGAUGGAUUCAACUUCAGAUUCAUCAUAACAAUGUGGGAUGUUACAAAAGACGAUAUAUUCAACUUUGUGCUACCUAAGGUGAUUGGGGAGCAACAGAUGGCUUUUAUUGAAGGAAGGCAAUUAGUGGAGGGAGCAGUGAUAGCAAAUGAGAUUAUUGAUGAAGUCAAGAGGAAAAAGAAGAAGGGUUUUCUAUUUAAAGUCGACUUCGAGAAAACCUACAAUAAGGUAUGCUGGGAAUUCAUUGAAUAUAUGAUGACGAGAAUGGGAUUCUGUGCAACCUGGAGGAAGUGGAUACAGGAGUGCUUGAAUUCAAGCUCGGUGUCUAUUCUUAUCAAUGGCAGCCCGAUGAACCAAUUCCCGGUUAACAAAGGCAUCCGUCAAGGAGAUCCAUUACCUCCUUUUUUAUUCUUGAUAGUGGCAGAGAGACUAAAUGGACUAGUGGCAUCGGCUGUGGAGAAGGAGAGGUAUAAAGGAGUGGUAAUUGGGAAUGGAGAUGUGAUGGUCACGCACCUUCAAUUCGCGGAUGACACAAUCUUCUUUAGGGAUGCAACGGAAGACAAUAUUUGGGUGAUCAAAUGUAUCAUGAGGACAUUCGAGUUAGCCUCAGGAUUGAAGAUUAAUUACAGAAAGAGCCAGCUGAUGGGUGUGGGAGUUGAUCAAAAUUGGUGCGCUAAAAUGGCAUAUCAAUUGUGCUGCAAGGAAGGGAAAUUACCAUUUAGGUAUUUGGGAAUAGCAAUUGGAGGGAAUCAUAGAAGAAGAGCUAUGUGGCAGCCGAUGGUGGAGUCUGUUAGAAAGAAGCUAGCCAGCUGGAGGGGUCGAUUUCUAUCUAUGGGAGGCCGCAUCACGCUCAUCAAUUCAGUGCUGUCAAGUCUGCCAGUGUUCUUGAUGUCCAUCUAUGUUAUCCUGAAAGAGGAUGGAGGUUUAGGAGUGAGGGACUUGAGGAAAUUCAACUUGGCAUUGAUGGGAAAAUGGUGGGGAAGGCUUGCAGAAAAUGGGGAGGGUAUGUGGAAAAAAAUUAUUGUUGAGAAGUAUGGAAAGGGAGGGGGUCAUUGGCAGGACUGGUUAGAUGAAAAUAGAGGAGUAGGAUCAUCUUGGUGGAGGGAUGUGGGUGGUAUAAACACAAUGGAUGGGGGCAGCAAUGGAUGGCUAAAAGAGGGAUUUAGGGUUAAUAUUAGGGAGGGUAACACGGUCAGUUUCUGGUGGGAUAAAUGGAGGGGAGAGGAGUGUCUAGCGAAUAUGUUUCCAAGAUUGUAUCUGUUAUCUACAGAGAAGAUGAAGAUGUGCAGCGAAAUGGGUAGCAGAAUUAACGGUUUGUGGGAGUGGAACUUAACAUGGAGAAGGAAGUUGUUUGAAUGGGAAGAGGAGGAGGCAAUGGAAUUACACAACAUGAUUCAAAGAGUGCAGACUUCACAAGGAUGCAUGGAUAGCUGGGAGUGGACCCACAGCAAGGAUGGCCAAUAUUCAACAAAAUCAGCAUACGCAAUUUUAGCAAAAGAGGAGAGGGAAGCAACAGAAAUUACAACCUUCUCAAGAAUUUGGAACUCUGUCCUACCAAACAAAAUUUCGGCAUUCAACUGGCAAUUACUACAAGACAGGAUUCCAACUAAAAUGAACCUGCUGACAAGAGGGAUAAUCAAAGACAUCCAAGACUGCAAGUGCGGAAUAUGUGGGGAGGAAGAAGAGGACACAAAGCAUCUGUUUCUGAAAUGUAACAUGGUCCGAUGGUUAUGGACGGCUUGUGCAAAAUGGUGGGGUAUUAAAGUUACACUGGAAGCGGACUGCUGGAAUACCUUUCAAGUUGAUGGAAGAGAACCAAAAGAGAAAUGUAUUAGAGAUGGAUGGGAUUGCAUUUGGAAUUCUCUAGUGUGGACAGUGUGGAUGGCCCAAAAUCAAAAAACAUUCCAAGGCAAAGAGAUUAACCGGGAGAAGCUGCUGGAACUCAUCCAAUUAAAGUCGUUCCAUUGGAUCACAGCAAAAAAAGAAAGGUAUGCCUUCACUUUAACGGACUGGUUUAUUAAUCCAGUUGCAUGCUUGAAAGAUUGCCAUAGGAAAAGAAAGGUACCAGUUAAUUAAUCUAUGGGAGGGGAGGGUAUUGAUGAUAUCUGGAAGGUCUGGAUAUGUUUUUUGCUUAGAUGGAUUGAAGUGCUGUGUAAUAAGGGCUCUUUAAGGCU